GUUUCGUUCUGUGCGGAAUCUGGCCUAUACAAGUAAAUCAUCAAAUCUGUGACUGUGUUCUUCAGGUGUGUUUGCUGAUGCAGAUGCAGUGGAGUCAGUGUCAGUGCUGGAGGGAGAUUCAGUCGCUCUAAACUCUGGUUUUACUGAAAUGAUGGAUGAUGAUAUGAUUCUGUGGAGGUUUGGAGCUGAAAACACUUUAAUAGCUAAAAUCAAUGUAAUGGCCGGCAGCAUGACUGUAUAUGAUGAUGUUCUUGACGAGAGAUUCAGAGACAGACUGAAGCUGGACGAUCAAACUGGAUCUCUGAUCAUCACAAACACCAGAACUGAACACACUGGACUCUAUAAACUACAGACCAACAGUGUGAGCAAGAGCUUCAGUCUCACUGUCUAUGCUCGUCUGCCUGUUCCUGUCAUCAGCAGAGACUGUUCUUCAUCAUCAUCAUCAUAUUGUUCAUUGCUGUGUUCAGUGGUGAAUGUGGAUCAUGUGACUCUCUCCUGGUUCAAAGGAAACAGUUUAUUGUCCAGCAUCAGUGUGUCUGAUCUCAGCAUCAGUCUCUCUCUACCUCUGGAGGUGGAAUAUCAGGAUAACAACACCUACAGCUGUGUGCUCAACAAUCCCAUCAGCAACCAGACCACACAUCUGGACAUCAGUCAACUCUUUCACACAUGUUCAGAAGUCCACAUGCAUGGCUGUGAUUCUGCUGAAGCUGUGAUCCGAUUGGUCGUCACUGCUCUGAUGGGCGUGGCUUCUGCAGCUGCUGCUGUUCUUCUGGUGAAUGACGUCAGAUCUACAAGAGCUUAAAAGAAAACAGAACAGAUAUCAUACAUAUUCUGACAUGUAUCGUAGUUUUAAUUGUAAAGAUGAAGAUACGUGUGGUCUAGAAGUGUUUAGUGAUGGUGAAACAAAACUUUUCUUACCAAAGUUUUCCACUGAAUUGGAUCAGAAAAGGUUCAUUACCUGGAUCUGGUGUAUUAGGAGUCAUCUGGUGGCCAAAGCAAUGAACAUUAUUUAAUCUUUCAUUUUAUUUAAUACUAUGCAAGUAUGGGGUACAUUUCUUUAUUUACAGUUUUCGUUAAUGUUUAUUAAUUUACAUAAUGUUGUUUUCAUUUUGUUUUAUAAUUGUAUGCAGCAACCAUGUAAAUACAAAUGUAAUAUUUGUCACACCAAUAAAUCAC